GUCUCGCCAGGCAGUUAGCUGCUGUUAUUAGCUGUUUAUCAAACUGUAUCCUCCAGUCAGGGAUUCAGAGUGCUGUUAUUUCUCUCGGCAUAGAUUCGAGGACGAGUUGUACACAUUAUCCAUUUUGUGGUUUUGUUGUCUUAUUAAAUAAUUAAGCUGAAAGUGUGGGGACAGCGCAUCUAGCCGGGUACUAGUGCAGGCUAGUGAAUGUGUAUGUGUGGUAGCCCCGGGUUAGCUCAAUAGCUAGCUGAUCAGCGAUAAAACUAGGAGGAGGAAUGAACCAUAAGAGUAAGAAGAGGAUUAAAGAGGCGAAACGGAGCGCCAGACCCGAGCUGAAGGAUUCAUUAGACUGGAUAAAACACGGUUAUUAUGAGACUUUCGACCUGUCACACCGCACCGUAAAGGACAAUGUGGAGCGCGUGGACGCCCUCCAUCUCAGCCCUGAAGAGUUCAUCCAGCGCUUCGAGCGGCCCUACAAGCCUGUUGUCCUGCUGAACUGCCAGGAUAGCUGGCCCGCCCGAGAAAAGUGGACUCUGGAGCGCCUCAAACGCAAAUACCGCAACCAGAAGUUCAAGUGUGGGGAAGACAACGACGGAUACUCUGUGAAGAUGAAGAUGAAAUACUAUGUGGAGUACCUGGAGAGCACCAAGGACGACAGCCCGCUCUACAUCUUUGACAGCAGCUACGGUGAACACGCCAAACGCCGGAAGCUGCUGGAGGACUACCAGGUCCCCGUCUUCUUCAGAGACGACCUGUUCCAGUUUGCAGGAGAGAAGCGCAGACCGCCAUACAGAUGGUUUGUGAUGGGCCCUUCUCGCUCUGGCACAGGCAUUCACAUCGACCCGCUGGGCACCAGUGCCUGGAACGCUCUGGUUCAGGGUCACAAGAGGUGGUGUCUGUUCCCCACCAACACUCCCCGAGAGCUGAUCAAGGUGACCAGAGAGGAUGGAGGCAACCAGCAGGACGAGGCUAUCACCUGGUUCAGCGUGGUUUAUCCCCGAACACAGCAGCCCAACUGGCCUCCGGAGUUCGCACCACUGGAGAUCCUCCAAAAGCCUGGAGAGACUGUUUUUGUGCCUGGUGGGUGGUGGCACGUUGUCCUCAACCUGGACACAACAAUCGCCGUCACUCAGAACUUUGCCAGCACAACCAACUUCCCCAUCGUGUGGCACAAAACUGUCCGAGGACGACCCAAACUCUCCAGGAAGUGGUAUCGCAUUUUGAAGCAGGAGAGGCCUGAGCUGGCAGCGCUGGCAGACAAGGUGGACCUGCAGGAGUCCACCGGCAUCGCAUCAGACAGCUCCAGUGACUCUUCCUCAUCGUCGUCCUCCAGCUCGUCAGACUCCGACUCUGACGCGGAGUCGGGCUCCGAGGGCGACGCCAUGUCCCACCGCAGGAAGAAGAGACGGACCUGCGGGAUGACGGCCAAUGGAGACACCAGCAGCCAGGACGACUGCGUCAGCAAGGAGAGGAGCUCGUCACGGUGACCUCCAGCCUCCACCCGGCCCCCGGCGGUGACCCCUUCACUCACAAACAGACCCACAGCUUCAGCUGCUUCUAGUCUAGUUUAGGUAAAUGUCUGAAUCCUUGAAUCAAGGCCAUGUGGCUGCCUUUAGACACAAGAUGGCUGCCACUGUGAAGCGAGGUGUAGAUAACGGAGGGGAAUCGUCUGGGGCGCGGGGCCUGCUGGAGACCUGCCACCACUGUGCUUUUCAACACCAAUCAAUAUGUGUUUGUCUCUGUAGCUUCUGUAGUAUGAGGGCAUGGAGGGAAGUGUGAGGGUGAUGGGGUGGAGCGGGUGACACUGGGAACUUGUUGUGGGUUUUAAAACUCUCGAAGCUGCUUUGUAAUGCGAGCUCGUGCUGAAAUGGAGCGAGUGGAAUAUUUUUGAGGGUCUUAUUAAACAGUAAAAACAUUCAGCCAUCAGAGGAGAUAGGAACACGUUCUGUAACAGUGUGCAGUGUGUGUAGAUCCUGAUCAGGGAACCUUCAGGUCUUCCCUCCUCUGUCUGUGGCUCUAAAUCCGUAAAAACACUUCACAAAUAUAUAGUUUCCUUUUUUAAAAAGGCUCAGUGAUUUCCGAACACAGCCGAAUCCGCCGUGCAAAGACGGUCACAAGCCUAAGAUUAGAUAUCGUUUAAGCUACUUUUAAAUCACCUUUAAAGAUGUGCCAUGGCGUAAAUUCACGUUUUGUUCAUUAACAAAGUAGAUUUAUAAAACGGCUGAUAUCAGGGUCAGCCUUCUCAUUAUUGUUAAUCAGCUCCGUCUGUAUCGGUCUCGUUGCUGCCAGUUUUGCACGUGCUGCCAUGAAGCUAGAGGAGUGUGGAUCCUCAGCCAGUCAGAUCAGUCUGCUCUGCACUCCUUCACAAUCUGAGACGCUCUGCUGCUCCUGUACCUGCCUUGGAAAUUUAACUUACUGCUGGAAAUGAAAGUGUCACUUUAGUGAGCCUCGAUGAAAUUAAACAGUAAAGGCUACACACACACACACUCACACCCACACACUCACACACACACACACACUCACACACUCACACACACACACACUCACACUCACACACACACUCACACACUCACACACACACGUAGGAAACAAGUAAAAUACAUCUGCAGUUGAGUGAUUAAAUCCUUUUUAAGCAAAAGUAGAAAAAAAUCUGUCUCCAGCUUUAAAAUCUGUUGUUUUGUAAACUGAACAUGUGGGUUCUGAGCUGUUGGUUGGUCAGAGGUAAAAAAAAACAGAAAUAUUUCAAAUAAAUUCAACAAACCAGAAAAAAUAAAAUGAAAAAGCGAUGAGCCUUACCUGAGACAGUUCAUAUAUAUGAAUUGUGCAGGCAUUUGUGUGAUCAUUAGUUGCCGGCUGUUAUUUUCUCAGUAAACUGAUUUUGGUAAAUGUAACGUCGGAGAAAUCUCCCACAGCCCAAAGUGGAGUCUGCCAGUGUUUUUGUAUUAUGUGAUCAACAGUCCAGAGCAGCAGGACGUUAAAAUGGCUGUGAUUUACUGAGGAUAACAACUUUAUUAAAGAUCAUUAGUUUCAGCCACAGAGGCAGAACUCUGUGAAACUGAAUCCUUUGAAAAGCAGUGAAGUUCUUCAGACUACGUACAGUACAUCUCUGUGUCUGUGCUGCUGAUGUUAAUCUGUGGCUUUAGACUAAAGUGCCUCUGAUGUUUGUCGUCGGCCUGCGCAGUGUGUCAGUGUGCCUGACCGUGGGGGAGGUUGUGUUUCUGUGGUUGGUGUUUUUAUCUGUUUUUGAACUAAUUUAAAAGGCGCUGUACUGGUCUGAGGUGGGUCACACGGUGCCUUCCGUCUAACCUUUGGUGAAAGUCUCUGUCUCCUCUCGAACGUUUUCCUCCCCGUCGUCUGAAGCCACCUGGCGUGUGAUCUAUCACCUGUAUGUGUACUAAGCUGCAGGAGGGAUGUCGAUGCUGAAUCUCCUGUGCGGGCUGAGUGUUGUUGAUGAGGAGCCUCUUCACAUGUUUGAGACGGGACGCUCAGAGAGAGCCAGAUGUGAGAAUUUCAUUAUGUUGGUCAAUAAAAUAUUUUCUAUGACUCGAAA